AUGAGACUGACUUGGCCAUUGACACCGGCCCUCAUUUCAUGCAAACACGGCCUCUUGACACUGAGUUUCUUUCAAAAUAAUCAAUAUCUUCUGGAUAUUUUCCCGCAUAUGGACUAUCAGGAAGCAUCGUUCAAAGACGACUCUGGUCAUGACGGCGGCACCAAAGCAUCGGCUGAAGCACCAAACUCUAAUAGGCAUGUUCCUCCCGAUGUAAUUCAAGCCGGCGGGCCACCAAGACAGUCUAAGGUUAUGACCGACCAAUCUCGUGUUAUUAACCACGAUCAAAGCUCAACAGAACACAUGGAUGAGGAGCAUAUCACGGUCAACAAAACACUCGACGCCAUUGAUGACAUUUUACUAACGAAUCGGCGAGUCGCCACGACAUUCCGACCAACGCCAUCCGCCACCACUGACAUCGAACUGCUCCAAGCUUUGCUAGUACUUGUCCUCACCAUGUCUUGGCUCGAUGGACCUCUUGCUCAAAAUGCACUCGCAAUGAGCAGCCAGCUUGCCUUACUCACUCGUGAAAGCCUAGCUUGUCUGCAAUUGAUAGACAACCACGAUAACUCAGUGGACUGGACUCGCGACGAGGAACGGCGUCUCACCAUACUUUCUGCCUAUUUUGUUCUCAACAUUCAGACUAUUUGCUUCAAUGUACCACCCCAAAUCACCGUUUCAAAGAUGAACCCGCCACUCGCAUGCUCGGCUGCAGAAUUCAAGGCCCCGAAUUCCAAGGCCUGGCGUCGGCUGCAGAAAAAGGAUCCUCGCCGGCCAGUAUUUGUACACUGCCUCAAGCAGCCUCUCUCCGGUAAACCCGUAGCUAAGCAGGUGCCAGAACGGAAUUCGGCAACUACAUGCUUCUUCAAGACCUAUUGA